CAAAAUGGCCACUCGUUGCAAAAGUGCAGUAACAGUUGACUGAUGUUGGUUCACUAGUUAAGGAAAGACACUGUGUGGUCUUUCGAUCAUGGCCAGAUGGAAUCUGAUGCUGCUGGCUUUAGUUGUUUUCCUGUAUGCUACAUUCACGGCAGUUGAGAGACAUUUAAAGUGCAAUUUGCCUUCCAUCGCCAAUGUGCUGUGUCAAACGUACAAAGCAGGUGAACUGUCUGGACCUUUAUGCCCUGAUCUUUGUGAACAGAACAAUAUCCAUUUUGGAAAUUGCCUUACAGAGGUGGUAGAGGAUAAAGUCUAUGACGGCCAAUGGCGUGGAAGAGACGUCAUUUUUAAGGAAAAUAUGCGAUGGUAUACAGACUUCAAAACACUUCGGAAACAAACAGACGAAGAUGUUGUGCUAAGUUUUGAAGAUGACGUUUCUUUCUUUGUGGAAAAUUUAUUUGGUGAUUGCCCUCAAUGCAGGAGGCUUGUGUCACUAUUCCUAUCCCUCGGUGAUAGCGACAAUGAUGGUAUUGUGACGGCCCCCGAAGGGCGGUCGUUGGUGUCAUUAUUACAUCAGCAAGAACCGUUUAUGUUGAUUGCAUUAAAUGACAGCAAACAGACUGCUGAUUUCUAUGGAUAUUGCGGUGGAAUAUAUGUGACCGAAAAACUGCCUUCCAUUGCCUCGAAUUAUUUUGGUACAGAGUGGAAAUUCGAUUAUUUGAACAUUGUGCCUGAUGCAUUUGAACCCUUUCAAGAAAUGUUCAUAAAACGCACUAGGAAGAUUGCCGAUGCACUCUGGUCUAUCCCGUAUUUUCCAGAAAUGUUUGAGGAUGUACCGGCAUUGCAUCGUAUUUUAUAUACCCUAUUUAACAUACAGAUACCCAGUCAAAAGAAGCAGUUUGAGUUUUUCCACUCACUGCUGGACACUGUAGUGGAUCUGUCCAGUAACCCAUAUGGUAUGAUACAAUCUUGUGACAUGCACCUCGGGAAUUUUGGAAUCACCAAUAAUUCAGUAGUCAAAGUGAUUGAUUUCGACUGGGUUUAUCCUGUUCAUUAUCUUAGGCAUGCGCUGGAGCAAAUAGAAUGUGUUUCUGAUGCUGAUUGCUGGUUUGGCUCCAAAGACGAUUGCCAAUCGUCGUGUGACACAGCUACCAAGACAUGUACGUCGAAUAUACAGAAACAAGAUUUGAUUCAUAUCUGCGAGACUCACAUUCCCUACAUUCUUAGAAAUCCCUCAAACCAAGAGCUUUCUCAAAGGAACUCCAUCUGCGUCAAGAAUGCAAUAAAAAAAUUCGAGUUGUUUUGCGAAAGGUUAAGAGUGGUUAACUCAAUUGAACAGCUAAGAAACGAUGUUCUGGCAGUGAAAAAAGAACUUAUGUCUUUGGAGAAGAAUUUAUCGAAUAUGUGCUGAGACACAAGUACGCCGGUAUAUGAGAAAAGCUUGUAAAACUGUUGACGUUCUGUUUAGUAACACCAAAACUGUUGAGUUCAACACAUUUGCGCCGGCGAUACUUAUCUUGUCUCGCAAGAGGACAACUUCGACAGUUAAACAACAGUUAAAAGCCUCACGAUUUAGUGUCGUGAUUGGAUAAAUCCAUUGUAUUUAACCUGUUUCAGGUUUCCCUUACGAUGAUUAUUAAUGGAAGUGUCAGUCGAGAAAUAUUUCAUUUGUAGUGAUCACUUGUCUUAAUCGAUGCUAUGCAUAUAUAUUUUCUUAAUCGUGAUAUUUUUUGUUUUGUUUCAGUCACCAGUAUACGCUAAUACAUUUAUAUUGGAAACGUAUCUUUUUUAAUGCGUUUUAUCUACUGUUCACACUUCAGGCUGGAAUAAGCUGAUGGAACCAACUGUAUGUGACCUUUUUUAAGUCAACGUUCUCAGAAGCCUCCGUUUUACUAUGUGCGCUCUUAACACUUAAAUUUGAAACCGUUUUCGUUUGAAUCCACUUGAUUAACUUAUUCAGGCGCACCUGUUUUGAAGAUCAGCAAAAGUUAACCAAAAAGUACACGUGUUUCCGAACGAAAAGGUAGUCGAGUUUCGCCGUGAACAUAAAGGUUCGCGUGUUGGUAAUAUGAAAAUCUUAGACACUAUAGUAUCCGAUUUUAGUCGCAAGUGGCCGAUUUCAGACGCUAGUGUCCAAUUUCAGACAACAGUGUCCGAUUUUGGACACUCGAGACCGAUUUCAGACAGUGUCCAAUUUUGGAUACUAUGUAGUGUUCCAUUUUACACGCUAGUUACCCCGUCUGGAAAGUAGUGUUCAAAAUCAGAUGGUAUCGUCUAAAAUCGGACGCUCAUGUGGGAAUUAGGCCACCAGUGUUAAAAAUCGGACAUUUGCGUCUAAAAUCGGACGUUGGUGUCCAAACAGACCCUAGUGACAAAGAUCGGAUGCUAGUAUUUAAACUCGGAUACUGUCAUAAUUGGACGCUAGCCUCUAAAAUCCGCCAACAGCGACUAGAAUUGGAUGCUAGGGUCUAAAAUUUUCAUAUUACUAAUCAAGAUUGUUGAAUUAUAUAGAAGCAAGGAUAUCUAAUGGGACAACGAAGGUUGUAUAUAUAUAUUUAAUGUCAUUAUUAUUUUUUUGAUUAUUUGAAUUAGGAUUUAUAGCAAUUAUAUCCCGUGGAUUGUACUCUAACAGGUGUAAUAUUAAGACCAGAGCCAGCCAAUUUGUGGUCGGAGUAAAAUCGUUCCUCGAGAUCUUAGUGUCAUCAUAGCAGGAAAGUUGUGUUCUACAGAGGUAAAUUUUGUCAAAGUGACCACCUCAUACUCUCAUUUUCCACUUCAGAAAAACAGCAACGACGAAAAUAUUGAACAAAAUGAUCAGUUUUGACAGUGAACAACGUUGUAAGUUCUUGCUGCAUGUUGCACAUUGUUCAGAUUUAAUUAUAUGUCGCAAAAAUCCCGGAAUUAUUAGCACCUGGGCUGAUUCUCGGGCAGUGCCUGGAACGAGUGGCAUCCAGUCUUUUCGCCACAUCUCUCCAUCGCUGCCAGUAUCAGGGGAUGAUGGAAUAAGAUCGAGAUCGACUAAAGGGCUUUGGGUUUUCAAAACAGACUCGUAAGCGAGUUUGACACUAUAAAUGCAGAGGUAUUCCAGGGUCACAGAGUGAGCCUUUGUAAAUAUGCAAAUAGCCUUGAAAUGAUUACAUAGAAGGCAAAGCAGCUAAACUAGAACCCAGCAAACCAGCCCCAAAUUAGCCCAAGAAGUUCACGUGAUGAAAAGGAACAACCACUUAAGUGAGAUGCAGUGUCCUGACUUUGACGUUAAACCAGAAAUGAAAGAAGACUUCUGGAAUAAAGACGGGAGCAGAUAAUAACAACAUCAAUGAUUGCUUUCGGGAACUGCACGAACAAAAUAGUAAAAUGCCUUGGAACUUUUGAGAAAUUAGCAUUCUAAAAUCUAAAUAAACUUGUCACCAUAGAUUCACCGACGACCUAAUUCUAAAUUAACAGUGAUUAAAGUUCGUUACCGAAGAAGUAUCGAUGAAACUAUAAACUUUUGCCAUUGGUACAUCUUGACUUGUCUUGAUUCCGUUGGGGCCUUCAUUUGCAGUUUCACUUCUUUCUUCUUGAUGCAAGUAAAAAAUUAUUCGCAUUCGUUG